AACUGACUCAGACGAUUAGAAUGAUGGGUCAGACCGCCAUGUUGACUAUUCGACAUCUUAUUUUAAAAGUCUUAAAUUAAGAAAUACAAGAUCACACUAGGAAAUAUUGGAGGAAGAAAAGAUAACAAGCACUGACAAUAGAAAGCCAAUUUCUACCAUAUCUAAAUAUAGAACUUUGCUACUAUGUGUAUUCUGUAAUUGGGUGUAUGCUAUUGCUAGGUUUGGAGGUCAAGGUUAAAGCAUGGAAGAAACAGGAAAUGGGACAGAACCAUUUAUUUCAGGACAUCAUGAAGCCGAGAUCUGCUAUGGAGGUGAAGCUGACUUACACAAGCACUAUACCGGCUGUAAGAAGAAUCCAGGUCAUGUCAACUUUAUACCUGUUAAUGAUUUUAACUUGGAUCAUCUCCCCUCAAGUUACCAUGACGUCAUCAUCUUGGAGGUAAUCAAAGCUUUGUCUGCCCUAACGGUCCUGAUAAAGGUCAAGUACACCAGUCUAGAGAGACCAAAGUCUGUUCCAUGCUUCAGUGGUCAGUAUCCAUUUUAUAACACCAGAGGAAGUGACGUGUUGAGGACAGGGACGGGGAGGGUGUGUGAGGUGGUCAAGUGCACAGAGAGUGACAACAAGGGCACUUGUCCAUGUGGCAAGUGUCAACACUCGGACACACCCAGCAAAGUGUGGGGGGAGGUUCGUGUGUUGACAGCCACACAUGUGGUGUUUGAUGAGAGUGAGGCGAGACAGACCAGGUGUGUUGUAGGUUUUGAUGACAAUAAAAGUCCUGGGGUCAGUCUUGAUGGCUGGGGGGUGGAGGGUAUGCCACACAUUGAGGGAGACUGGUGUAUGUUUACAUGUGUGUCAUGUGACUUAGAGUUGGUUGAUGAACUGGACAAGAUGUGUCGGCACUUUGAAGGUCUAUGCAGGAAAGUAGAGGACAAAUACAUGGGAUUUUAUGAUGUGGACAAGUUGACCGUUAUAGUGUCACAUCCUCAUGGCUGUCCUAAACAGGUCUCUGUAGGACAAUGGACACACAUACAUGAGAGGAGAGGCUGGUACAAGUACACGUACACAACAUGUACAUGUCCAGGCUCCAGUGGAGCACUUGUCUACAUAGUGGGAUAUGUCGGGUGGUUGUCACGUCCCCACAGUGGAUCAAACUCUGAAGGAAAUUAUAGUGGGGAGGAUGUGUUGUAUUGAUCCAUCUGUAACUGUUGGUUCUCUCCCCUUGUCAAAUGUAAACAAACAAAAUGGCGGCUCCCUCCAUUAAACUUGUGUGUCAUCAGCAACUUUGUAUUUUAAUGUAGACAAGAAAUAAAUUGUUUAGUUUCUUUCACGUCAUUCGUUUAGAGUUGUUAGACACAUAAACAAAAUUAUAAACAAAUGUUUAUUGCUGCAAACAUGUAUUUUGUUGCUUAUUAAUUAUGAAUUAAUCAUUAAGAUCAUUAAUCUGUAUGAACUUUGUGGAUUUCAUUUGUACAUUUUUGUUUCAAUAAUUAAUCAACAGUUUGUAUUUGUUUACAAACUGUUUGUAUGGAUGUCAAUAAAGUUUUAGAA